UCGUGACGUCACUCCAGCUGCAUCAUCCAUCAACCGUGCGCUCCGUCUUCAGGCUCUCCUCCGUGUCCCUGCUCUCUCCUCUCCCCGACAAAACCUCCUCAUCUCCGCGAAACUUGUGUUUUCUCGUGGUAAUGGCCGAGCAGGAGGUGGUAGAGCAGCCUAGCGACACUCUGUCGACUCUCAAAACCGAAUCUGAGACGCUGAAGACGAAGCUGGAGGAUGAGAGAGCCAAACUGCACGAUGUCGAGCUACAUCAAGUGGCAGAGAAGAUUGAGGCUUUGGGUCAGUUUGUCAUGAAAACCAGACGGACACUGAAAGGCCAUGGAAAUAAAGUCUUGUGUAUGGACUGGUGUAAAGAUAAGAGGAGAAUCGUCAGCUCGUCUCAGGAUGGAAAGGUGAUUGUGUGGGAUGCGUUUACAACAAAUAAGGAGCAUGCAGUGACUAUGCCCUGUACAUGGGUCAUGGCCUGCGCUUACGCCCCAUCUGGAUGUGCAGUGGCUUGUGGUGGGUUGGACAAUAAGUGCUCUGUGUACCCUCUAUCCCUGGACAAGAACGAAAACCUUGCCGCCAAGAAGAAAUCAGUGGCCAUGCACACCAACUAUCUGUCUGCAUGCUGCUUUACGAACUCAGAUAUGCAGAUCCUGACGUCCAGCGGCGACGGCACGUGUGCUCUCUGGGAUGUUGAGAGCGGUCAGAUGCUGCAGAGUUUCCAUGGACACGCGGCUGAUGUGCUGUGUCUGGACCUCGCCCCCUCUGAGACCGGAAACACGUUCGUGUCAGGGGGCUGCGAUAAGAAGGCUUGCGUGUGGGACUUGCGCACGGGACAGUGUGUCCAGUCUUUUGAGACUCAUGAAUCAGACAUCAACAGUGUGCGGUACUAUCCAAGCGGAGAUGCUUUCGCUUCAGGCUCAGAUGACGCUACUUGUCGUCUCUAUGACUUGAGGGCAGACAGAGAGGUGGCCAUUUAUUCCAAAGAGAGCAUCAUAUUUGGAGCCUCUAGUGUGGAUUUCUCUCUCAGCGGGAGACUGCUGUUUGGUGGUUACAAUGACUACACAAUCAAUGUAUGGGACGUUUUAAAGGGCACCCGCGUGUCCAUCUUGUUCGGACAUGAAAACAGAGUUAGCACCCUCCGCGUCUCUCCGGACGGAACAUCGUUCUGUUCGGGAUCUUGGGAUCACACAUUACGGAUCUGGGCCUGAAUGUUGCCUGAACCUCAGACUGGUUGUGUUUCACAUUUCUCACUCUUUUAUCAGGAAUCAAGGAUAACCGCAGACUCUAAUAGUGUGUUGAGUGCAGUAGAGUAAAUAAUACAGACAGACUGUAGUGCAUCCACUUCAACUCUAAUCAACACAGUCCCUCCGUUCACACCACGCUUGAUAUUAUGGGAUGGCCUUGGAUGGUUUCUAUGGUAAUGCUGUUUUAGUUUGUGUGUAUGAAUGUAGGUGAACACAUUCCAACUUUGAUCCAAGAAAUAAUUGAUCUUAAACAUGAAUAAAAAAAAUACAAAUGUAAUCUAUGUUGUUUAGAUCUGUGCAUGAGGUUGAGGCUCAACAAAGAUUAUUUACCAGAUUGACGACUUGAAUUAUUUUUUAGGAGUGAAAUGGGAAAUAUUGUUUAGCUGAUAUGCAAGAUGACAGAUUUACCGUCCGGUAGUUAUGAUCUCUUACUCGUAAUCGUCAUUUAUUAUGCCACUAUAAUUGUUCUUUCUUACUGUAGCAAAGUGUAUAUACCAUAAUAUAUAGGUUGUCAUAUCGACACAGUUAUCAAUAUACAUAAAAUAAAUAAAUGGAUUUUAAACACUGAAA